UUAAAGCUACUGCCCGCUCUCGCCCAUCCUGGGGUUGGCAGAGUUGAAGGUAUUUGCUUGGCAGAUUUUCAAUCGCAUCCUACCCACGACGGAGGCCCUAAUAGAAAAAGAUGUUGAUGUGCUUCCCAGGUGCCUGGUUUGUUGGGCAGAAUCCGAAACAAUUGAAAAAAAAAAUUGGCACUAUCAUGUAGCCAGGGCCUUAUUGGACCAUUCAGGACUGGAUUACCUUGGUCAGGGGUUGCCUCGCCAUACCUUCCCGAUGUUCCUCAAAAAACUUUUGUUACUCUUGAAUCCUCCUCAGUGGUGGGUGGUGGUUGCUCUCUUGUGGCGUAUCUGACGAUCGUGAAACUGGGUUGUCUUCGAAGGCAAACAGUUUGGGAUCCUGGCUCUUAUGUGUCAAUUCCAUCAACAGUAUCAAGAGUGGAUAUGUUUACCCGCGGAUCGUGGUGUCCAGAUUUCUGGGGCCCCAAUACAAACAAUAGGUACGGGUGCACCAAAUGCUAUGGUUUGUAGGUGGGAUGGAGCAACUAAAAGUGGCUCCCAUUCAGCCGGUGGGAUGAUUAUUCUGCACCAGGCAGGGUUAGUCAUUUUAGCUAGAGGGAUUCAGUUCCCAGACCUGGAUGACCCUAUGGUGGUGGAGCUGCUCGUUCUUAGGGAGGCCAUCCUAUGGUGUUUAAGCAUGGGACUUUUAGAGAUAAGAUUUGAGGGUGAUGUCAAAGUGGUCGUUGACAAGAUCCACCAAUCUGAUACUCGGGAUAGUCGGAUGGGCGUCGUCCUGGAAGAGGUCGUGCAUUUGUAGGUCGUUGUAACAAUAGGGUAGCACAUAUGGUGGCUAGAAAGACCCUUUCAUUGUACCCGACAACUAGUCGCUCUUGGGAUUUCAAAGCCUGGCUGGAUGCCAGGAUGUAACUGCCUAUUUGUUUCAAUAAAUAUAUCUGAUUAUCUUUUGUCCAAAAAAAAGUACCACAUGCACAUUGGAGCUUUGCUGGACCAAAGACUUUAAUUUGGACGUACGAUGGAGUAUUUAAUUUCAACUAGGCUUUUUCCUGUGCUCCGUUGCGCUAAGAUACUAAUACUUUUGUUUAAAUCAAAUAAUCUAAAAUUUAUGUC